CCGUGGUCGCGGCGGCAUCACCAAACGACCAAACUAGCGAGGCCGUGUUUGCCAAUGAAGGGGACAGACUCGCAGCCGCCUGGGAAGGUGGCCGCCCCGGAUUCGGCGCGCGAGUUCAACAUAGAGGUAUUGGACCUGCUCACGUCCGAGGAUUUCACAUGGCUUCCUCUCCCGACCACAGACCGCUUGCCGGGACCGCAAUGUGCAACAUUAUGCGCUCAUCUUCACACAUACUUAUCCUUCUAUGCACCACCAACUUCGCCGACGGAUGACGAAGUCGUGGUGGGGGACAUCCUUGCGUAUGUUACCAAGGUGGCCCACGAGUUUCGCAAGCAGCGGUGUGAUGACAACAACGCACCGCUCCUCUAUGUCCGCAUCCAAGUUGGGCAAGCGUUAUGCAACGCUUUGCUGGAUAGCGGCAUAUCUCGCAAUUUUAUGAGCCAGGCCUUUAUGCAAAAGGCUGGCCUUGGCGCACAAGUUCGAAGGAAGGCAAACCUGAUGUCCAUCAAGUUGGCGGACGAAAGGACGCAGCAACUUAUCGACCGCUACAUCAAGGCCGUACUAGUGUAUUUUGCACCUCAUGCAUGUGAACCGGUGACGUUCGACAUUUUGGACACGGACUUUAGACAUUAUUUUGGGAAUGCCUUGGCUUGCAAGUGCGGAUCACACGGUCAACUUCCACCUGCGGACUCUUACCAGGAUGUGCCUUUCCGAGAGCAGCAAUCCUUACUUGGCCUGAGCGAUGGCCUUCUCACAUUCACGAGGAUCUUUUCACCAGAUUUCCCCUGUGAGUCCAUGCAUGGCGACAAACAUCGCCAUUUCUUCUACCGAUGUGAGCAUGACAUCUGGAUGGUUCUGUCAGGACCUGCGACUGGUGCAGUUCCCACUGCCGCUACAAGCGGCAACGCAAGAAGUUCUGCAACUACUGCAGCCCAGGGAUUGGAUCCAACAGCAAUAGUUGGACCCAACUAUGGCAGUCCAUACAUUGACAGAAAGGCGGUGAUGAUACCGUUUAGAUUUGACGGCAAGGAGGACGUGGAGUCCUGGAUCAGCUCCAUGAGAGCCUACUUUGAGGUUCAGGGCUCUCAAAGAGUGAACCAGUCCUUGAUCCUGGGGACGAACGUCGAGCCUGUGGUAAGGGGAUUCCUUGAAGUCCAAGCCAUGCAAGCUGGGUACUCCAAGAUCAACCUAUCCAAGUGGCUUAAAGUCACCCCGGUUACCACUCUCGAGGACAUACUAGUAGCACAAUAUAAAGACCCACAUGCUGCACCAAGAGUGAGGAUACAAUUGGAUGAGCUUAAGCGCAACAAGUGGUAGGGAACCAUGCACAAACUGCAAUUGCAUGCCAGCAAGCUCUUUGCAACAUCAGGAUUGGAGCUGACUGCGCAGUCGUGUUUGGAUGUAGUCAAAGAUUUGGUCGCCUCCAUUCAUAAUUUGCGACAUGAUCUAGGUGAUCCGUUUGCUGAUCCUUCGCCCCCACCAGUCCCAACAAGCAUUCAAAACCUACUUGACCGGUUCUCGGAAGUUCUGGCCGAACCACGUGGAGUCCCCACGCGAUCGGUCCGACUCACAAUCGAGUUGGUCGAGGGUGUUGUUCCUCCAAAGGGCUGCGUAUAUCGAAUGGGAUCUGGCAACUUAGGGGAACUCGGGAAACAAAUCGACGAAAUGAUCGACAAGGGUUGGAUAAAACCUAGCGAAUCUG